CAGAGGGGCGGCGCGUGCACAGCGCAUUGCGAGGAGGAGCAGGAGGAGGUGGAGGAGGAGAGAGACAGAGAGAGAAGCAAUGGCGAGCGACGCGGCUCCGUGUGGAAGCGACGCGGGCCACGGAGGAAUGGGUCUGCAGGGUGGAGGGGGGAUCGGUGGAGGGUCACCGUGCCCUGUGGAUGGCGGGGCAUCCAUGGUGGUGGUCGUGGGCGAAUUGAGCAGUGAAGAGCAGCUGAGAGUCGCUGUGGAGGAUGUGGAGCGAGGCGUGCGUGGCUGGGAGGUGAACGCCCGGUCGCGCUCGCUGGACCAGCAGCUCAAGAUGUUCGUGUCGCGACACUCGGCGCGAUUCUCAGCCGAGAUCCAAGGACAAAAAGUGCUGCACCACAAGAGCGACGACCUGGAGAGUGUGGUGCUGAUCAACCCCGCCGAGGAGACGGUGUGCACAGAGGUCCGAGCCCUGGUGGCGGGUGCGUGCCGCCACAAGUUGCUCGUCCUGGCCGGCUGCUGCUACGAGGACUCUGGGGACCUGUGUCUCCGCGACGGCUUUUUCACCCCCGACUCACUCGCCGACAUCAUCUUCUCGGAUCCCGAGGUGACUGAGCCCCCGAACGCCCCCCUCCCCGCUCACCGCCCUCGCCUCACCCUGCAUUGUCCGCGCCGCGGGGGGUGGCACGUGCUCUCCUCGCCGGCACUCGAGCACCUGCAGCAGGAGCUGCUGGAGGUUUGUGUGAACCCCGAGCCGCUGCUGUCCCCCACGGAGGGGCUGCUCGAGUUCACGGAGUACCUCUCCGAGUCCCUGGAGGUGCAGGGCCCCUUCGACCUCCUGGAGCCCCCCACGUCCGGGGGAUUCCUCAAGCUGACUCGCCCCUGCUGCUACAUCUUCCCCGGAGGAAGAGGUGACUCAGCACUCUUCGCCGUGAACGGCUUCAACAUCCUCCUGGACGGGGGGUCCCACCCCAGCUCGGGACUCUGGAAGUUGGUUCGCCACCUGGACCGGGUGGACUCGAUGUUGAUCACGCACGCCGGUGCCGACAACCUCCCGAGCGUGAACAGCCUCCUGCAGCGCAAGGUGGCGGAGGGCGACGAGGAAGCCUCGCAGGGCUCCACCUCGCCCAGCGAGUGGAUGAAGAACCUCGUCUCCCCCGAGAUCGGCGUCGUCUUCUUCAACGCGCCCGACCUUCCUCCUCACUCUCCUUCCUCCUCGUCAUCGGCGGCGGCGGCCGGCGCCCCGUCGGCCCGCACGGCGGCGCAGGAGGCGCGGCUCACGGUGCAGCUCCUGCAGAAGCUCUGCAUCAAACCCGAGCCGCUCUUCCGACCCCCGGCCUCCGACGUCCUGAAGCCGGUGACGCUCUUCCACAAGAUGGGCGUGGGCCGCCUGGACAUGUACGUGCUCAACCCGGUGGGCGACAGCGAGGAGCUGCGGCGCUUCGUGCGGGGCUGGGCCCGCGACCCCGGCGGCCCUGGCACCGCGCCGCUCUUGAACCGCGCGACGUCCAUCUCGGCGCUCGUGGUGUGGCACCCCGUGGCGCCGUGCGAGAAGACCGUGCGCGUCCUGUUCGCCGGCUCGGCACCGCAGGGCAAGAUCCUCGAGGGCCUCGACAGGCUGCGGCACCUGGACUUCCUGCGUAGGCCCGUGGUCACGGAGAAGGACCUCGCGGCGGGCCGCGAGAAGGAGGACGCGGCGGCGGGGGCGGCGUCGGGGUCUCAGCCGGCCGGCGACAGGGCGCCGCCGCCUCCGCCGGGAGGCCCGCGGGGGGGCGCGGGGGGGGACCGGGGCCUGGGUCACGUGAACGCUGACGGAAGCGAGGAGGUGAAGAGUUGGCGGACCGAGCCAGCCGAGGGGGAGGCGGCGGCGGGAUCGGCGUUUGUGGCCCCGAGCGAGGCCGCGGUUCCCGAGAACCAGCAGGAGAAGCGGGAGGGCGUGCCGGCGGAGAGCAAGAAGACGCAGAAGGUCCUGAAGAAGACGGUGAAGGAUCCCCAGGAGAGGCUGAAGAGGGCAGAAAGCGUCAGCCAGAAGGAGAAAGAGGUGAAGCAGCUGAAGAAGGAGGUGAAGCGGGAGAAGGAUGUAACGAAGGAGGUGAAGCGCGACGACGUGAAGAAAGUGGAGCGGAAGGUCAAAGUCGAGAAGAAGGAGCUGAAAAAGGAAGAGGUGAAGAGGGAGGUGAGGAGGGAGGUGAGGAGAGAGUCGUCACUCUCGUCCAAAAAGGAGGAAGAGCCGAAGAAGACGGCCAGGGCCUCGGAGGGGAAGGUGAAACGAGAGGCCAAGGAGGUGAAGAAGGACGUUCGCAAGGCAACCAAGAAGACCCCGGAGAAGCCGCUCAAGAGGGAAUCUUCCCUGAAGGAGACGGCGCCUAUCGCCGCAAAGACCGCAGACAAAGCCAAAGCGAAGGGGGACAAGAAGAAGGCCGACAGUCCAGCCAGGAGUGCUGCGGUGACCACUCCAAAGGUGACGCCUUCACCCGCCCUGGCCACGCUUCACACAAAAAUGGAGCAGCAGCUGGAAAGGUCCCGCAUGUCCACACCCGAAGAUCUGACCCGUGACUUUGAAGAGCUCAAGCAGGUGGAAGGGGAGGUGGGGGAGGAAUCUGGCUUGGAGAUCAUCGAGAAGGGAGACGUCCCCGUAGAAGAUGAGGUCCUGGAGGACCGGAGUCCUGAGACGCCGCUGUCCAAGGAGGACAUCGUCCCGAGCAUCGGCGAAGAGCCCUGCUUCCGCACCGCACUCUCCACGGAAUCCCCCGACGAAGGGAUCGCAGCCACGGACGGCGAAGCCGAGCUCGAGUCUUCGCCUCCCGAAGAGUCUGGCGGCGAGAUCAAGGUGGGGAAAGGAGGCAUGGGCCGAGAGGAAGUGGAGGAACACGAUGUGGCGGCGGUGGUGGAAGCGGAGCAGGAGGAGGACGACGCUUUCGGGGAAUCUUCCGACACGGGGGACUACGAGGAGAAGGCCGAGACCGAAGACAAUGACGAGCAGGAGUUCAAAGAGAGGGACAGCGUGCGGAGCGAUGCGAACAACGACGCGGAGCAAAAGCAGGGCCUGGGCGGCGGCGAAGCCUCCGAGGGUCCUGGAGACCGCGGUGGCGACGAGGCCGGCGGUGCCGUCGAGGGAGAUGCCACCAGCUCCGCUCGCCCCGAAGCGCCACGGGAUUCUGAUAGCCGGACCGAUUCGGAUGGAGCUGCUAAUCAGGCCGACGCGGAGAGCUCCGAUGAAGAGCCUGAACGACGCGAGGAUGGCAGCGGCGAUGACGAUGACGAACAAGUUGAAGCUGCUGCUUUCGAACGCGGAUGUGAAAAAGUGUCGUCAAAUCUGACGGAAAACUUUCCCACGAGUGGUGGCAAAGUGCCGUCUGCACCAUUGCCUCACCCUGCCGCAGAUAAUCUGUCCACCUACCUAGAGAUGGAGUCUUUGGCCUUCGUAGGGAACCAGACACUUGGGAACGGAGCCGCUGGUAAUGGCCACGCGACGAAGCUCCACGUGGACCUUGCAAACCCAGCGUGGUUGGAGAGGGAGCGCCUCGACAGCGAAUCGUCCUCCACGGUGACCCGCACGGAGGAGACGCAGGGCAAGGACUGCAUCGUCUCGGCACACACGAUAUCUCCCACCUCUUCCAUCGAAGAAGACAGGUCCUUUCAACUGCAGCCUGCGAAAUUCUGCCUUGCCAACGUGGCCAAGAAUGGCGAGGAGGAAGGGGAGGGAGGGCAGCUGUUCCGGCGAGGUUCGGCGAGCAAUGGAAGUCCCCAAAAGAGCCCGGUUCCUCCGUCGCCGCUCCUCAAGACCCCCGGCAGCGAGCGGAGCGUAAACUUCGACCUGACACCCACCGAGAUCAGGACGACGCUAGACCGGAACAUCCUUAACUUUGAGCAGAAGUUCAACAAUUCGCUGAAUGAUCACAUCAUCGCCGAGACCACGGCCUUCCGCCCGGACUCCCAUGCGGUCUCCCCGCCGGCCAGUGCCGGCCACACGCCGUUCUACCAGUCUCCCGUCGAGGAAAAGUUCAGCGUGGUGCAGGCGGAGGUCGUGGAUGCGACCGCGCCGGGCGCGGCGCCGCCCAGCGCCACGAGCCCCGACGGGGAGCAGAACGUGAGCCCCAUGGACGAGCCCGUGCCGGACUUUGUCCACUCCGAUGAGAAAGUGCUGUCCCCCAUGCGCAGCCCCCCGCCCCUGGGCUCAUGCUACCGGCCGCCGUCCUGCCAGUCGUCCGCGUCUGAGGAGGAGUCCCCGGGCGGGAGGGAUCGGGGCUCGUCGACCACUCCCGGGGCCUCCGAGGCCGCCGGCCCCCCCAAGCUGGACCUGAAGGAGUUUGAGUCGCUGACCGGCGAGGGCGGCACGCCGAAGAGCACGAGGUCGCUGAGCUUCGACAAGAUCCCCCCGUCGCUGGGGGUCGCCGCCGACUUCCCCUCGCUCAGCCCCUUCGAGGAGGCACGGCCGCCGCUCGGCUCGGGCCCGGCCACCGUCGGAGAGGGCGACCGGGAGCAGAGGGCGUCCGGCCGGAAGCAUGAGGGGUCUCUGUUACAGCAGCCGCGGUCCUCCUCAGAGAGGUCGCUGUCGCCCGUGGAGGAGAACAUCGUGGGGCCGGGCUACAUCCAGUUUGAGGCCCCGUCGCCCGAGUCCCAGGGCCCCCGUCGCCCGAGCAAGGCCAACGUGGUGCUCAUCCCGGGAGACGUCGUUGAGAUGCGGGCCCCGACGGAGAAAGAGUGGCGCUACUUCACGGUCGACGACUGCCGCCAUCGCCCCGAGCGGGAGACGGCAGCGAUGGGGCAUGGAGAAGGUGAAGCUCCCCCUCGAGCCGUGGCCAACGGCCCCACAGAGGUGGACUUCUCCCCAUCGGCGGAGGGCCCAGGGCCUUGCCUUCUCUCCGACGCGAAGCCGGGGUGGGACAACGCCCCGCCGGGCCCCGUCGCGCGACCCGAGCCCGUCCUCAACCUGAGUUUGCGCAAAUCCGACAACUUCCCCGAGUCAUCCGCGCCGGAGGGCGACCCCAUGGAGAGCGGCGGUCGUGGGUCUCCCCGCGGGGGGAGCGGCCCCUCGCCCGAGGGGUCCCCCGCUGGGUACCCCGUCGUGGAGCUCGCCCAAACGCCCGACGCGGCCCCCGAGGAGGAGCCGGAGUCGGGCCGCUGGCCCUUGAUCGAGUCCGUGACGUCGCCCUCGGACCCGCUUGCCAGCUCCCCACUCACCUCGCCCAUCGUCGAGGAGGUGGCCUCUCCGGAAUUGUCGAGGAACUCCUCAUUCAGGUCCUCACGCACCCUCGAGGGGCCGUCCGUGGUGGAGGUGCCGGCGCCCCGAGCGCACCGCGACAACGCGCCGGCCAUCCCGGCGCGCGGUGACGGCGCGCCGUGCCACCAGGGGAGCGACUCGACUGGCCGCAGAGCUCGCAGCAACGACGACGACGGUGGUGGCAGUGGGUUUCUUAUCAGCGAGGCUGCACCUCUUGCGGCCACUGCCUCCGUCGACCUGUGCCUGGUGUCUCCCUGCGAGUUCAAGCACGCGAGGGCGUCGCUGUCUCCGAUGUCCGAUGGGGACAACCGACGUGGCGACCGACCCUGGAGCCGAGGAGAGAAACGGGAAGAAGAAGAAGAAGAAGAAGGCAUCUUGGCGAGCGAGGCUGGGCCCUUGUGCGGGCCCGUCGGGCCGCCGCCGCCGCCGCCGGCCGCGUCCCGUCACCACCACCACACCCACCACCGCCACCACCACGACGACGACGACACGCCGCCCUCGUCCGUCAGCGAGUCGCUGCCCACGCAGACGGACUCGGACGUGCCCCCCGAGACGGAGGAGUGCCCGUCCAUCACGGCCGACGCCAUGCUGGACUCGGACGACGACUCGGAGUGCCUGCCCGCCGACAAGCCGGCGCCGACCCCGCCGCCUCCCCCGGCGCCUUCGUGCGGCUCCCGGCAUCCGGCGGCGGCGGCGGCGGCGGUGCCGCCGGAUCCCUGCCCGCCGGCGCGGGACCCCGGCGUGGCCAUGGUCGACCCCGAGGCGGCGCCGCCGCCGGACGGGCCGCUCGAGCGGGAGCCCGGGGAGAAGGCCGCCAAGGGCCGCAAGGCGACGGCCGCGCCCUCCUCGCCGGGUCGGAGGUCGCACGCCAAGGCCAGGGCAGCCGGGGUGGCGACGGGCGCGGGGAAGGAGGAGGAGGAGAGGAAGAAGGUGAAGAAGAAGAAGAGGGACGAGGAGGAUGUGGAGAAGGAUGCGGCGAAGAGCCCCAAUGGGAAGACGCGGGCACGGGUUGACGGGAGGGCGGCCGGCACGGGCGCGGGGCGCUCCUCCACGCGGGGGGCCGCCCCCGUCCACGUGGACCUGGCGUUCGUGCCGGGGCACGCGGCGCCGGGGGCCUGCGACGCCGAAUUCUUCCGUCGUGUGCGAGCGUCGCACUACGUGGUGAGCGGCGCUCACCCGGGAGCCAACCAGCCCUGCCGCGCCGUGCUCGACGCGCUGCUCCGGGGGAAGGCCACCUGGGGGGGGCGACUCCAGGUGACGGUGGUGCCCACGCACGACACGGAGGUCCUGCGCCAGUGGUUCCACGAGACGCGUGAGGAGCAGCGCCGCCUCCACGUGGCCGUGCUCGCCGCCAACAGCACCGUGCUCAUGCAGGGGGAGGCGUUCCCCGCCUGCAAGGUCGAGUUCUGAGAGUUCCGCCAGGAGCGUGGUGGG